GUCUGAUUCUAGAAACCAUUGGCCAGUGCCCAACUGUCUCAAGAAGAUGAGUCAUGAAUUCAGCUAUGUGAGGCUAUCGACAUGGGUGCGACGGGCGGUGAGCAGCAUCCUGGCCAGGUGAGGUCGAAUGGCCGCUGGCAGAUUGAGAGACUAUGUCGUCGGUGUGGCCAGAUUCACUUCAUCUAGAAUGCACUAUGACGCAGAUUGUCUCGGCUCCAGCUCAAUUAAUGACUUAAAAAGGGAAACACUUCGCACAUCGUGUCCUGCCUAUGUCUACCCCUCUGUUUAUCGAGGCUCUAUAUAAUCGCCAAUCGCAGAAAUGGCUUUCACAUCAGACAACCGCAUAUCUUCUUUGAGGGAGCAGUUAAAGUCUCCGCCCAAAGCUUCCAAACAAAUCCUUGGAACGCACAUGACGAAUGAUCAAUGCAAAGCUAUCGAUUUUGAUCUCUGGAUCGACUGUACGAAGGUAGUAGGAAUCAGAUCAGGGCAACUCGUGACGACCAAUGCAAGUGGCUGUCGGGCAUGGGAGAAGUCCACCGAUCAGGACGGCUCCAUAUUUGAGGAGAUAGUAGCUGGCUGGCUGCGUGAAAGUCCAACUGGAACAAGUUCCACGGCAUUCAAAUCUCAUAUCGAACGUCUAGCACGCGGCAUCGCCUACGGCGGGUCUGUCGAGGUGGUGUUUCACAGGACAUCCGCAGAGCCAGACGCCAUGCCCGAGCAACACGACUGUCCUUUCACUGCUGCCGAUCAGAUCUGGAACCAGGCGGUGAUGAACGCAAUGGUUGAUCGGAAGAAGGAUAGGGUCUCUCCAAGUCAAGACCUUAGGCCAGCUCAUGGGAUGUCUUCUUUCCGGACAGCUAUUAGACAAGGUGGAUGCGAUGGGGUGAAGCAUUCAGUCAGGCAAUAUUCGCAGUGGGGCUGUGAUGGGUCAGCGUAA